UGAUCAAUUGAGUAUUUCUUAACUGAAUAACCAUGACUGAGUAAAGCCUAACUGAUGGAGUAACCCUUGACUAAAUUACCUCGGCCAUACAGUGAUUAUUGAAAUGUUAUUGUAAUACUUAAUUAUGUAUUAAUUAAGUUGACGUAGAUUUUCUAUAAUUAAAUUGGACCAAUAAAGCGUACUAUUACUCUUCAGUUGGUGCAAACAAGCAAAGAAGCAUUUACUUCCCUUAUUAAAUUCUUCCAAGAGAAAAAAACCUCACUCACCUCUUUUAUUUGGGACCCACUCCAUUUCCUCUCCACCUUCUCAUUCAUUUUCAUCAUCCUUUUUAUAACUUGCUCAUUCUCAACCUCUUUAUUGGCUUCUUCUUCAUUUACAAAACAAACACACAAAAUUUUUUAUAAGAGCCAAUAAACAACAUUAAAAUGAAGCUUCUUCCUACAACUUUGUUCAAACCAAAAGAUUGGAGGCCAAUAUGCACACAACAACCUAAGACGUCGUCGUUCCGAAUUACGACGUUGAAGGAUGAUCAUAUCUACAAAACCAUCAAUUCAGUGUAUUUCGACAACGAGGUGGAUACCAUCGAAACCCCAGACUCUUGGUUUACAAACUCAUCCGAGGCAGGGAGUUUGUCUACGGCCGAGUGUGACGAUAUUUCAAUGGGGGAGACGGAGAGGGAGACUCAUUUAGAGGCGAUAGUCCGCGGAGCACAACAGUCGUCCUCCGCAGACCAUCGCCUGUUUUUUGACCCCAAGGAGUCGGACUCCCCGAGGUUACAGAAUACUGUAAUGGAAGAAAAGACGAGUCCCAGAACGGCCGAAAAGGGGUCGUAUAAGAAGUCUGUAGCGAUGUCGCUCGAAAGCGAGGACCCGUACGUGGAUUUUAAGAAGUCGAUGGAGGAGAUGGUGGAGAGUUUAGGAGUUAGAGAUGAUUGGGAAGGAUUAGAGGAGUUGCUUCGUUGGUAUUUGAAGAUUAAUGGAAGAGAAAUUCAUGGGUAUAUUAUUAAUGCUUUUGUUGAUUUAUUAGCUGAAGUCAAAAUUAUUGAUGAUGAUGUUAAAAAUGGUGAUUAUCAUCAUGAAAUUUCUAAGUCUACUACUACUUUUUCUUCUGCUGCUUCUUCUCUUUCUUCUUUGGGUUCUUCUACAUUAUUAGAUCCUACAAUUUAUUAAAUUAUUUUCUGUUUUAGCAUUGUUUUGAUUGACUUUUUUGCCCCUUUUCCUUUCAUUUUUUUGUUAUUGAAUGUAUCAUUAUGUAAAGUUUGGAUAAAUAUGUACAAUACAAUUUUGUAAAUAGAUAUAGUAAUAUUAAUAUUAAUGUAAUGUUUGAGAGAAUUAGAUGAUUAAUGUUGAGGUAAAUUUUAAUUUUUAACUGCAUGAAUUAUAGAUGUGGUUGACUGGUAGUAAUAUUAAAUGUUGUUUACGUUGUUGGAUGUGGUCAAACUGUAAGUUUUUAAUUUCAUGAGCACUGAGUUAAAUUGAUAGGAGAGUGAAUAGUUUUGGUAUCUGCAACCUCCAUUAAUUAUGAGAAGGUCCACAGUAAACUAGGCAUUGGCGGAUCGGAUCUUGGCGGAACAUAUUUGAGGGGUGGGAUUUGAAUCUCUUUUACUUCUACCUUAAAAUUAAGGAAAUUUUGAUAAUUACCAUAUUCUGUUUAGUCCAUUUUAGCAAUUACCACCUUCUAUUAUUUUUUUUAAUUACCACCUUCUAUUUUCAAAAACAUCUAAAGUUACCACCGUCUUGUCUUCCAACUACCACACGACGUCAUUUUGGGCUCAUUCUUUCCCUUUCCUCCCUAUUUCCUUCACAUUUCUCAUUCCUAACUCUAUUCUCA